AUGACGAUGUACUUUAUGCUCUUUAUUUCGUUAUGUAUAAUAAGAUUUUGUGAAUCACAUAUUGUUCAAGCUACACAACCUAUUAAUCAAACUUGUUUAAAUUUUGGUUCGGACUAUGAUUGCCGGUUUUAUUCAUGUUUUGAAGAACGUUUUCCUUGUGGUUCAAAAUAUUGGAUGUUAAAAUGGGGUCAUAAAUAUUGUACACGUACACAAAAAUCUCUAUUGAAUUUUGAUAAAAAUGGUCAAAAAUUACUUCAACAAAUUUCAAAUUGUUUAACAACUAAAUUAUUAAAACAGCGUUAUUAUACAUUGAAUAAAGUCAAUUGUGAACAAUUACGUUUAGCUGGACAAAGAAUUUUACAUGAAUGUUAUAUGUUAAAUUCCAAAUUAUUUUGUAAUGCAUUUCAAGGAAAAAAUCGUGAUUGUUUCUUUCAACUAAUUGAUGAUGAUGAUCGACGUGAUUUAACUGUUAUACGUACAUUAACAAGUGUUGGACAAAAAUGUACACCAAAAAAAAAACUUGCUGAUAUGAGACCAUCAGGCAAAAUAAAUCAAUGUGUACUAACGCCUACAUUAUAA